GACUUUCUUCUUCCUCUCCCGCCCUCAGAGCGGGAAAGGGCACUUUCAGGAAAGUAAGAGAUACUCUGUUGAGAGAAAUUGCUAUGGCGCCAGUUGUGCAAAGCUCUCAGCCAUGGGUCGAGAAAUAUCGACCGAGGCAAGUGAAGGACGUAGCACACCAGGAUGAGGUCGUUCGAGUCCUCACCAACACUCUCGAGACCUCUAAUUGCCCGCAUAUGUUGUUUUAUGGCCCUCCUGGAACUGGGAAAACGACAACUGCUCUCGCCAUUGCCCAUCAGCUUUUCGGACCCGAGAUGUAUAAGUCGAGGGUAUUGGAGCUAAAUGCCAGUGAUGACCGUGGUAUCAAUGUAGUCCGCACAAAAAUUAAGAACUUUGCUGCUGUUGCUGUAGGUUCUAGUCGGCAAGGUGGUUAUCCCUGUCCACCUUUUAAGAUCAUAAUCCUUGAUGAAGCGGAUUCAAUGACUGAAGAUGCUCAAAAUGCCUUGCGACGCACUAUGGAGACAUAUUCAAAAGUUACAAGAUUCUUCUUCAUUUGCAAUUACAUCAGCAGGAUCAUAGAGCCACUCGCUUCCAGAUGUGCGAAGUUUAGAUUCAAGCCGCUUACAGAAGAAAUAAUGGGCAGCCGAAUAUUGCAUAUUUGUAGAGAGGAAGGUCUUAGUCUAGAUUCAGAGGCUCUUUCGACUCUCAGUUCCAUUUCUCAAGGUGAUCUACGAAGGGCUAUAACAUACUUACAAAGUGCUGCUCGGUUAUUUGGAUCUUCCAUAUCGGCAAGGGACCUAAUUAGUGUGUCGGGGGUCAUCCCAAAUGAUGUUACCCGGGCCAUAUUCUCAGCUUGCAGAAGUGGCAAUUUUGACUUGGCAAACAAAGAAGUGGACGAUGUCAUUGCAGAAGGAUAUCCUGUUUCUCAGAUGCUGUCUCAGUUGUAUGAUAUAGUAAUUGAUGCGGACGACAUUUCUGAUGAGCAGAAAGCAAGAAUAUGCAAGAAAUUUGCUGAAGCAGACAAGUGUCUUGUUGAUGGAGCAGAUGAGUAUUUGCAACUUCUGGAUGUUGCAAGCACCACAAUGCAAGCACUUACCAACAUGCCACAGGACAUGGCAUGUGAAAGUUAGAUGGCUACGUGGAUUAUGUUGAGUUUGUAUUCCCUUAUCAACUCUUGUAAAGUCACUUUCCUCGACAGGUCAUUUGGUUUAUUGGAAAUCUUUUAAUAUGGUUUGCUUUAUAUUCUUUGUUA